GGUUGUCGAAUUAUGCUGCUUGGCUCCUAAUAAUCCUCUGUUGCUCAGACAUCAAACCCCGACUCACUGCAGAAUGGACUCGCCAUCGCCUCCAAAGGUUGCAGACAGACUUGCACGUAUCAGAGAGAACCAACGAAGGAGCCGUGCCAGAAAGCAGGCGCAUACUCGCGAGUUAGAACAGAAACUAAUCUCCCUACAGGAGCAAGUCCGUCAGAAGGAUGUCGAACACCGACUGACGGUCCAAGGUCUCGACGCAGAGAAUCGGAGACUAAGAAGUUUACUGUCGGAUAUGGGCAUAUCAUCCAAUGCGAUCGAGGAGUAUCUAAAAAAGACAGUGGAUGACCCAAGCCCAACGCAGAAGAUUGCCAUUCCAAGUCUUUCGCAGUCUGGCGUGAAGGCUCGAUCGUGUCGUGGCCGUGCCCAGCAGACUUGUCGUUCUGAGACCACUCCUGAUACUGCUGGAGUAUCGCCACCCCCAGACUCGAAGCCGGUCGAUCAGGUGAGCGAGUCUACCGUCGACCUCCCCGGUCAACCGAUGAAGAAUAAUCGAGAGAAAUCCCACGGCCAGUCAGUUUGUGGCUGCUCACCCGACGAAAGCGGAACGUCAUGGCCAGAUAGUAAUAGUGGAGAUGUCCUUAAUACCACUCUCUGCGCCAUCGCCGACGAACUCAUAACACAGUACAACACGCGGGGUGUCGAGCUAGACGAGAUCAGACGCAAGCUCUGGGAGGGCUUCUCCAAGGGCCUCACCACGGAGGAGGGGUGCAGAGUGCAGAACCGGAUUCUGUUCCAGGUUCUUGACGAGAUUAGCAACAACUAAGUUGCCUCUCUAACAUCUACAGCCAACCUCAGGGGUUGGCUCCCUAGCUGGCACGGAUGGCUCUAUGGUCUAUUAUAUCAGAAUGAGGAACAGAAACGAGUCUAGGAUUUGCGCCUCCCACCUCCGCUUCCUGGCAUAUCACCGAAUUGCAUACACCAAUCCCAACAACCCCGGUACCUGAAUCAGCGGCCUAAUGGUAGCAGCCAGCGCCUGAUUAUUCUCCACCCCAAAUGUGGCAAUUGGCACCGCGAUCGUCAGCUCGAAGUUAUUGUUUGCCGCAGUGAAGCUUUGUGUGCACGACGGCCGGUAUGUAGAGCCACAUCGUCGUGUCACGGCGAGCGUGACCGCAAAUCUCACCGAGAAGUAAACUGCAAGGGGCG